UGCGACCCUACUAGACUCCGCUCUCGCCGCCAUCAUCGCCGGGUUUGAACCCUCCACCCCACCGUAGCCAGAUUGCUGGUUAGGCCACUCGGUCUUUCUUUUUUUCUUUCAAAUCUCCCCGUCCCCGGCUUCAAGCUGGAGUCCUUUGCAGCGGCAGGAAGAGGGAGUCCCCUCCGCAGUAUGCGAGCCGAGACUGCGGAGAUGGCAGCGCAGAAGAUCAACGAAGGGCUGGAGCAUAUCGCCAAAGCAGAGAAAUACCUGAAAACUGGUUUUUUAAAAUGGAAGCCAGAUUAUGACAGUGCGGCAACUGAAUAUGGGAAAGCAGCUGUUGCUUUUAAAAAUGCUAAACAGUUUGAUCGAGCCAAAGAAGCCUGUCUAAGAGAAGCUGCUGCACAUGAGAAUAAUAGGGCCCUUUUUCAUGCAGCCAAGGCUUAUGAACAAGCUGGCAUGAUGUUGAAGGAGAUGCAGAAAUUACCUGAAGCUGUUCAUUUGAUUGAGAAGGCCAGUAUGAUGUAUCUGGAGAAUGGGACGCCUGACACAGCAGCCAUGGCCUUGGAACGGGCAGGAAAACUUAUAGAAAAUGUGAACCCUGAAAAGGCUGUACAGUUAUAUCAACAGACAGCUAAUGUAUUUGAGAAUGAAGAACGCCUACGACAAGCAGUUGAAUUACUAGGAAAAGCCUCUCGACUUUUAGUACGAGGACGUAGAUUUGAUGAGGCUGCACUUUCCAUUCAGAAGGAAAAGAAUAUCUAUAAGGAAAUUGAAAAUUAUCCAACGUGUUAUAAGAAAACAAUUGCCCAAGUCUUAGUUCAUCUACACAGAAAUGACUAUGUAGCUGCAGAAAGAUGUGUCAGAGAGAGCUAUAGCAUACCAGGAUUCAACGGAAGUGAAGACUGCACUGCCCUGGAACAACUUUUAGAAGGGUACGACCAGCAAGACCAAGAUCAAGUUUCAGAGGUCUGCAAUUCUCCACUUUUUAAGUACAUGGACAAUGAUUAUGCCAAGUUGGGCUUAAGUUUGGUGGUCCCAGGAGGAGGAAUCAAGAAGAAAUCACCAGCAACCCCACAGGCCAAAAGUGAAGGUGCAGAAGCCACAGCUGCUGGUGAUGAAGAAGAGGAUGAAUAUGCAGGAGGACUGUGCUAGUUAUUAACAUGCAUACUCUCAGGGUAGGGGUUGGGGAGAAAAUCUGAUGUGCUCUUUUGUGGAUAUUGAGUGUACCCAAAUUCUUAACCCUUCUCUGUAGUCCUGAAUUGGAACAACAAUAUAGAAGCUCCAUAUUUUGAGCUACUGUACCAAAAAAUUGCCUCAUUAUCCCAUACCUUCUGUGAAUCACUAGUUUAUUCCUUCCUUGGUAAAAGUUUGUCCAGAGUACCAGCUUCAAUUUUCUUCCUUUGAGGCCAGUUUCUUACUGAUUGUCUCACUGAGCCCUGUCUUUUUUUUUUUUUUGACGGGGGAAGGCAGGGCAGUUGGGGUUAAAUGACUUGCCCAAGGUCAC